AUGAUUUGUGUUGUUGUUGGUGGCGGUAAGAUGGCGGCGCUCGGGGACGCAUCAACUCCGGGGGUGAAUGGGUUAAUUCAACAGUUCACAUCUAUUACAGGUAAAAUGUGUUACCUUUUAUUGUUAGAAUGUUCAUUUUUCAUGAGUUAUCUUCCGAAAAUAAUCAUGUCGCCCCAGUAUCACAGAAAGCUGCGCAGGAAAAUCAGACGGGGCAUCAGUGCUUACUUACUGCCCCCUCUGUCAUACAAGGGAAAAUAUUACUGGAGGUAGCUAACUAGCAAGCUAACGACCGUCAAGUGUGUGGUCACCAGAAUGCAACAUUAACUUUUAAACAUAAAAUGACCCCCAGGAAAGACUACUCAGAAUUGUCCUGGGAUGAUGUCUGACGCAAAAACGGCUUUCUAGAGUUUCCCCAAAAGUCAUUUUGAGUACCUGGAGGUGCAAUAACUAGCCUUAUUUUCUCUCAUUUCUGUGGAAUGGACGUUGGGUGCAACAUUUUCCUCUUGUCGAGCUAACCUAGCCUAGGCUCCACCUAACCAUGCAAUGGUGGCUGAAACAUCUCCCGCCUGUCAUGUUCAAGUGAUCGGAACGGAAGCACCACACCAGCCUCCCUCUGCUAUCAUUACUGUUACACAAAGUUUGCGUUCAAAUUGUAAUUUAAUUAUGCUAUGUUUAAUGUUAUAUAAAUGUAGAUAGCAAUUUGGCCAAAUCCAUCCCAUUUUUUGUGUGAUCCUAUCAUGUUCUGUCGAGAAGACAUGAAAAGUGAAACAGACAUGCGCAGUAAACAUGACAAACUCUAACCGUCUAUAUAUGCAGCAAUGCUUGCAUGCAAGUUUAGAUUGCAUGUAAAUUGCACAUUAUUUUACGCAGUUCUUGAUUACAAUGCAUGGAGAUAAAACGUAUAGUGAAAGUGCCAUUAUCCUUCUGCCAGUGCGUUUAGCUCUAACCGUUCGCUGCAGCUAGCGACUGGGACGAGCUGCAAAGAAACACUCAAACUGGACAGUUAUCUCCAUCUCUUUUUAAUUCAAAGACUCAAUAAUGGACACUCUUACUAACAGUUGUGGCUGCUUCGCGUGAUGUUUUGUUGUUUCUACCUUUGUGCUGUUGUCUGUGCCCAAUAAUGUUUGUACCAUGUUUUGUGCUGCUACCGUGUUGUGUUGCUACCAUGCUAUGUUGUUGUUUUAGGUCUCUCUUUAUGUAAUGUUGUGGUGUUUCUCUUUUCGUGAUGUGUGUUUUGUCCUAUAUUUUUAUUUGUAAUCCCAGCCCCCGUCCCAGCAGGAGGCCUUUUGGUAGGCGUCAUUGUAAAUAAGAAUUUGUUCAUAACUGGCUUGCCUAGUUAAAUAAAGGUUAAAUAAAUAAAUAAAAACAAGACUAAUGCAUGCACAUAAAUCAGGUUUUUUUGUGAGUGAUCCUAGUUGGGGUUCAGAUCUCGUAAAACAUUUAAUAAAAUGGCUUAUGUCAACCAACCAAUAAAUUAUUAAAUGCAUCAAAAUAUAUUUCAGAUGUAAAACAUCAGGUCACUUUUUGUGUGUGUGUGUGUGUCAUCCAUAUUAUUUAUGACCUUUCCCCAGGUGCCACAGAGAGUGUGGGGAAGCAUAUGCUAGAAGCAUGCAACAACAAUCUAGAAAUGGCAGUGACCAUGUUCCUGGACGGAGGGGGGAUCACAGAGGAGCCCAGCACCAGCUCCAGUUCAGCAGGGGCCUCCAGCAGCAAAGCCCCCGCAGAGUAAGUCAAUGGCCUGCUCCACCACACCAACCACUGCAGGGUCCUAAGAGAUGGAGCCGGUGUUGAAACAAACCCAAACUUUGAGAGAUCGCCAAUCCUGGUCCUGCUGUUUUCAUUGAAAGCACAUUAAUGAGAAAGAAAAAGGUCUCCUGGAAUUGAAGUUGAAUAUUGUCUGUCUGUUUUUGCAGUGACGAAGUGCGGGCGCCUAUCCCACAGAAGCAGGACAUACUGGUGGAACCAGAGCCUAUGUUUGGAGGUACAGUACUGCAGAGCAACCCCAUAAUAUAGCCUACCUCACUACAACUUAAUUGUAAUGGAUCUCAAUGAAGAGCCCAUCUGCUCCCUCUGUCUCCCCCUCUCUGUCUCAGUCCAUCUAACAGUCUCUCACUCUCUCUCCAUCUAUCACUCGCAGCGCCAAAGCGACGAAGACCUGCCCGCUCCAUAUUUGACGGUUUUAGGGACUUCCAAACAGAAACCAGUAAGUAGCCUACAUGUGUAUGUGUCUUUAUGCGUGUAUGUGUUUGCGUAGAAAAUAGUGCCACUCAGGCAUCAGGCAAAGCACUACUUGUGUUGUGAUCAUGGUCAGGUUGUGGUAUAUACACUAUCGGCUUCUCUGCCCUCUUUAAGUCCGCCAGGAACAGGAGCUGAGGAACGGCAGUGCGGCGGACAAAAAGCUCAGCACCCUGGCGGAUCUGUUCCGGCCCCCCGUCGAGCUCAUGCACAAAGGCAGCUUUGAGACGGUGAGGAGCCCCCUCCCCCCUGGACACCCAAGCUCCCUAGACCUGGAGGACUGUCAGUCGACCCUCAUCCAAACCACCCUUAGCUGAAAGGAUAGAAUAGGUCUCUAAGCAGUACGGCAACAAUUCCACCUAGCCUGCCAGAGGGCAAGGUGGAGCUUUUACCAUAUUGAUUAUACCUAUCUGGCUCCUUUCUCUCUCUAGGCGAAGGACUGUGGUCAGCUGGAGAGCAAGUGGCUGAUGAUCAACAUCCAGAAUGUGCAGGACUUUGCCUGCCAGUGUCUCAACAGAGACGUGUGGAGCAACGACGCGGUCCGGACCAUCAUCAGGGAGCACUUCAUAUUCUGGCAGGUAUGAAUGUGCACUCACACAUGAAAUAUCACCUUCCCAUUCAGAAAAAAAUACUUUGUGGUUCAGUAGCUAGGUUUCCAUCCAAUUUGCGACAGAUUUUCAUGCAAAUAUUCAAAAAUCUGCAUAAAACAUUUUUCCACCAGAGAUGUGUUUACAUCAAACAGACUUUUUGUGGAUAAAAGGCUGUGCGUGAUGAAAAAACGGUUUUAUAGCAAAUGGGCCCAUUCUGGUCUUUGCACAUGUGCUCUAGCCAACAGCUUGCAGAUACAGUGCGGGUACUCUACCUACAUUAUAAGAUUAUUAUGGAUAAGAGCAAUAUUAUUUGAAGUUGUAAAACGGCAGCCAAGCAUCAAUCAUCAUGUCACCAGACUAAGACCCUCAAUAUUUAUUGGAAAGGAGCAUCAAGUUUUUUACCUUGCACAUUCACCACCCUGUGAAGUUAUUCAUAAAUUAUUUCAUCUGUACCGGCAUUUCAUGUUUCCAUCAGCCCGGUUGUGACUUUUUCCAUGUCAGGUAAUUCAUCUGCAUGAAAUGGUUGGAUGAAAACGUGGUUACUGUCACAAAGUUUUUCUCCUUCUUGUCAUAACUGUACACAGUACACACGCUGUCACUUACACACACACACACACACACACACACACACACACACUGUGUGCCGUAGAGGCGUGUUGAGAGGAGCUGACCUGCUGUGUGUGGGUGCGUUGACAGGUUUACCAUGACAGUGAAGAGGGACAGAGGUAUAUCCAGUUCUACAAGCUAAACAAGUUUCCCUAUAUCUCCAUUUUGGACCCCCGCACAGGUGAGGCCUGCUCUGGGUUUCUGAGUGCUUGAUCAGUUACUAACACUAAAAAGGUUUUGAAAGUCUAACUGACGAUGUUCGUGUUUGACUGUUCUGCAGGUCAGAAGAUGGUGGAGUGGAACCAGUUGGACGUGGCUUCAUUUCUUGAACAGGUGACGGGCUUCCUGACGGAACAUGGCCAGCUAGACGCCCCGGCGUCCAGCCACCCGCCCCCUGCCAAACGUGCCCGCUCCGUGAGUCACGGUUCACUCUCUUUUUCACUCUCUCUCUCUCUGUUCAUUUCAUAUUUCACUUUCUCUUCUUUGUAUUUUCUUAAAUAAUGUCCAUAUUGCUCAUUCCAGUCACUCUUUCACACCUCUGUUUGAUGUAUUCUCUCUCUCCUCUCUCUCUCUCUCAGGAGAGUCUGAUAGACGCCAGUGAGGACAGCCAGUUGGAGGCAGCCAUCCGAGCCUCUCUCCAGGAGACCCACUAUGAGUCAUCCUCCGCCCCCGAGCUCCCUGACUCCCCCCAUUCUGCAGAUGCAGACUCGGACGGAGACUCAGAAGCGGAGCCCUUCUCUGACAGCGAGGGCCUAAUCUCUGUCGACGGCUCGGACAACGAGACAACAGAACCCAGGGAGGGUAGUUCCUACUCCACGGGCGGACACACCCCUCCGGGUCCAGCCCCUCCCACGUCUGCAGCCGCAGCCCCCCAGCCCCCGCCACAGCCGGACAGUCCCCCCGCCCAUCACAGGAAGUCCCCCCACAAAGAGAACAGCCACAGGAAAGAGGAGAGCAAAAAGAACCACCUGGAGCCUCCGGCGGCCGCCAUGGCCCGCUCCCAAGCCGACCCAGACUCAGAGCAUCGUUCUGGGGAGAACCAUCGCACCUCAGCGGGCCAAAGCUCCAGAUCUGUUAAGACGGAAACCUCUGACCUCGACUGCCUUGAUGACAAUGGUAUUAAAACUACUGUGUGUUUCUGCGCAUCAUGUUCAAGUGUGUGGAUGUGACUGUUACUCUGAGAUUGUAGCCUAGCGGUUAAGAGCAUUGGGCCAGUAACCAAAAGGUUGCUGGUUCGAAUCCCCGAUCUGACUAGGUGAAAAAUAUGUCAAUGUGCCUUUGAGCAAGGCACUUUAGACUAACUGUUCCUAUAAGUCGCUCUGGAUAGGAGCAUUUGCUUAAUGACCAAAUGUAAAUUGUGUGUAUAUUUGUGGCUACGUCUUCAUCCAUCUCUACCCUGACUGCAUUCUUCCUGUAUUGUGUCGCCAGGUCCCAAGGCCAGACUGAUGCUGCGCUACCCAGACGGACAGAGAGAGCAGAUUGCCCUAUCGUUCAAGGCUAAGCUUAUGGUGAGAAUGUACUCUUGUGUUAGGUCUUCAGUUCAAUUCAUGAGCUGAAAUAAGUCUGCAUAGAAAAUCCUGGUCAAUUUUCAGUUCAAGAAUAGAUUUUCAAUUAAUCCUCUGAGUUGAAAUGCAACUGACCCCAACUCCCUGGGACAUUAACAUAUUAUAGGACAUUAUAAAGGCUCAUACAUGCCUAUAACUAAUUAUAAAGCCGUUAUAAAGCAUUAUUUAGUAAGCUGUUACCAUGACUUGUUACUUACCUUCUUCCUCUGUGUCCUCCACCCCAUCCAGGCUCUGGUGAGACACGUCCAGUCGAAGGGUUACCCCAAUGAACGCUUUGAGCUCGUCACAAACUUCCCCCGGCGGAAGCUGGCCCACUUGGACUAUGAAAUCACACUUCAGGAGGCGGGGCUGUGUCCACAGGAGACUGUAUUUGUGCAGGAGAGGAACUAAGCCCCGUCUUUUCUAUCUCUUCAGACCACGCCCAUAUCACCAAUGACCCAGGAGGACGUUACAGGCCGCGACCCCUGACCCUUUGUUCUUUUGGAAUUACACCAUACCCCUGUUCCGGGACACCGAACAGUGGAUGGACUCAAUUACCCAUCAUUCCACUGGGAGGAAGUUGCUGGCCUGUGUACUUUGUUAGAGGGCAUUGUUGUUCAUCAUCAAUUACCGAAGGCAUUCUAUUCUGAUUUUAGUUUUAUUCUGAGGUAAUAAACCAAUCGGAGUAGAAUACAUUAGAGAUACAGUUAGAAAUAAGCUGAGGGCCCGAAUAAUAAGCAGAGCUGGCAUCAGAGUUGGCUCAGGAAGACUUAGCAGACAAAAUACUUUUAUCCCCCCGAGUUGGUAAUACUUCUUUUUUUGAGUCAUGGACACCUACAGCCGGGUAAAGGAGGGGCUUGAACUCUGACCCUGAGCUCAGAUGGGUCCCAAAUUUGCUCUUCUACGUGUUGAUUGGGCGAGGAGGUGUUGCAGCAGUGACCGUGAGAAAGUGGGUGAUUUUGAAUAUGGGAAUUGAUGUAGAGGGGAGGAGGGUCGUUCAAGGGAUUUUGGGGGAGGGGGAUGAGGUGUCCUUAACUGUCAACCUGCACUGUACAGGGGUGGUGUAGCAAUUGACAUUUAGUCUAGUUUUUUUCUUAUUUCAUUAAUUUUUUUAUAUGCUGCCACAUUUCCAAGAAAAGAUGCUGAUGCUUAAAUAUAAUCAUCAAAACAAAGGGAACUUUGGCUUGUUUGUUCUAUUCCAUUUCUACCAUGUUGUGUAUCUGCAAUCUGUCUAUGUGACCACGACCUCAGAAGUAUAGUGUUAGUGAUGAUGCAGAGAAACCCAAAUUGACCCCUUGAAUCUACAAUAUCACUCAGGUAUUUCUUGAUACCCCCACCCCAAUGACCUGAACGAUCU